UUGAGAAUGUAGUAGUGUUCUGCAUUGGCCACUAGGUGUCAGUGUUCAUGAGACAGGCACCAGACUCAUCACUAAGGUUCCCUGGGGAACACAUUCAUACUACUCACACAAAGUUACGGAUAUGCACAACUGUUAUGUUUGAGAGCAGCAAGCUGUGCGUUAAGCACUGAACAUGUUGGACACGUGCAUUCAAAAUUAGAGAAGCUCAAAUUAAGUUAAGCUGUAGAGUUUGUACAGUGGUACACUGUAUGUUCAUCCUGAACUCCAGCUGGAGUUCUAGUUGUCUAACGUGGCUUAUUUACGCUUAUUCUGUCUACUAUGUUGGGUAAUACGAGUGUAAAGCCAUUUAAAGUUGUGAGGAAGUACCGGGUUUAGAAAACAAGAAGGAAGGAACUGCUAAUGUGUGAGUCUUAUUUAUGUCUAACUUAUUUGUUAUGUCUUAUUUUCUCUGAUUAUAUCCACUAUAUUUGGUAAUACAAAUGUAAAAGUGACUAUGGGGUGUGAUUUUAUUUUCUGUGCCAUGACUAGGAAAAUAUUCUCUGUAUUAAUAUAGAAUCCUACUUCGUGUGGCGUCUGGAACCAAUUAACCGAGAUAAACGGGGGAUUACGGUAAAUGACGAAUGAAAGGGAUAAGUCAACAUUCAAGGUUGCAUUUCCCUUCACUGAAGACGUGACUGUUCCCAAAGACACGAUGUGGCAGCGAGAUCAACCACCACCACCUUCAUGUUUUCAGUCACGUCAAGCGUCACGCCGUCAACGAAGGUAAUACAAGAUUUAACAUCCUCAGCCCCUGUUGCCCUGGAAACGGCAGGGUUCACCGUGUUACGUCAUCGCCCUCCGCAUCAGUCAACCGGCGGCAGCUGUCAAGGUCGCAAGCGCGAGGCAUCAUGAAGGUGGCCGUGCACCACGCAUGCGCCGUCCAUGACCAGCGCAGCAACUGAAGGCUGAUGCAGGACAUGAUGAUGGUGAUGAUGUGCUACGUCGACGGCAAGUGGGUGGAGUUAGGUCACGACAUCCCUUUCUUGCCGUUUUCCAUAGGAUGAAUGAGUGGGGGGGAAGGUGGUGUACGUGCGGCUCCUCACGACGCCGAGAACAGGAAGCAAACAUCAGGACCGGCCACGCAAAGGACGCACAGCACCACAGACAGCGCCCAACCAGGUGCGUUUGUUUCCUGGCAGCAGUGAGCGCAGACGGGCGGGUCCUGCCUGAGAACAACCGUAACACGAGCGAGGAUUUUCACCCAAAAGCCGACUGGCUAAGGAAGACGAUGGAAGGACAGGAGAAGCAGGUGACAGGUUACCUCCUGUUCUCGAUGGCCACAGCCGUCAUCGGCUCGCUGCAGUUUGGUUACAACACGGGAGUCAUCAACGCACCUGAGCAGAAACUUCGCUCGUUCUUCAACGACACAUGGAUGGAGCGAUACGGCGAGCCCAUCAACCCGGACGUGUGCACUAUAGUCUGGAGCGUCACGGUGGCCAUCUUUAGUGUGGGCGGCAUGGUGGGCUCCUUCAGUGUGGGCGUCAUGGCCGACCGAUUUGGCAGGAGGCGCUCCAUGUUCCUGGUCAACAUCCUGGCGGUGAUCGGCGGCUUGCUCAUGGGCUUCUCCACCGUCUGCUCCUCCUACGAGAUGGUGAUCGCCGGCCGCCUGGUCAUCGGCCUCUUCUGCGGCCUCUUCACGGGCCUAACCCCCAUGUACGUGGGCGAGGUCUCGCCCACCCCGCUCAGGGGGGCCUUCGGCACCUUGCACCAGCUGGGCGUGGUGGUGGGCAUCCUGAUCGCCCAGAUCUUUGGUCUGGAGUUUCUGCUGGGCUCGGUCAAGCUGUGGCCCCUGCUGCUGGCCCUCACCGUGGCCCCCGCCGUGCUGCAGUGUGUCCUGCUGCCCUUCUGCCCUGAGAGCCCCCGCUUCCUGCUCAUCAACCUCAAGCAGGAGGAGCAGGCGCGCAAAGCGCUGGUGCGUCUGCGUGGGAGCGAGGACGUGAGCAGAGACCUUCAGGAGAUGAAGGAGGAGAGCAACAAGAUGGCUCUGGAGAAGAAGGUGACCAUACCGGAGCUUUUCCGCUCGCCGACCUACCGCCAGCCGCUCCUCAUCGCCGUCAUGCUGCAGCUGUCCCAGCAGCUGUCUGGCAUCAACGCUGUCUUCUACUAUUCCACGGGCAUCUUCAGCUCAGCUGGCGUCAAGCAGCCCAUCUUCGCCACCAUCGGUGCCGGCAUCGUCAACACCGUCUUCACGGUCGUCUCGCUCUUCCUGGUGGAGAAGGCGGGACGGAGGACGCUGCACCUCCUGGGCCUGGGCGGCAUGGCGGUGAGCGCUCUGGUCAUGACGGUCUCUCUGCUCAAGACGGACAUCGCCGCCAUGAGCUACGUGGCCAUCUUGGCCGUCAUGGUGUUUGUCGCCAUGUUUGAGCUGGGCCCUGGUCCCAUCCCGUGGUUUAUCGUGGCCGAGCUCUUCUCGCAGGGGCCGCGCCCGGCGGCCAUGGCUGUGGCCGGCUGCUGCAACUGGACGUCCAACUUCCUGGUUGGGAUAAGCUUCCCCAAACUGGAGGAACUGUGCGGUCCGUGGGUCUUCCUGAUCUUCACCGCCUUCCUCAUCAUCUUCUCCAUCUUCACCUUCCUCAAAGUUCCAGAGACCAAAGGCAAGACCUUUGACGAGAUCGCCUGCAGCUUCAGCAGCGCCCCUCCUCCCGCCUCCGCAUCCCAAGUGGCCCUGCCCGCCGGCGCCUGUGCUACCGGCGAUGCGAGCAGCACGCUGGCCAAGGAGAAUGUCCCCCUGGUGGGGCCCGCCAAGGUGUCUUUGCCGAAGGCUGAAACCACGCCCCUGGAGGAGAAGCCCACGGAGAGCGUCUAGGCUGCAGACGUGAAGGAAGGAGAGGAUCUGGAAUGUUUUUCAAAAGUCGUUCCAAUCCUCCCUUCCUUUCUUUGCAAAGGCAGCAGUCGCUCUCUGCUCAGAUUUAGAAACCACAUUCCGCUCGUGGGAGACGCGUGUUGAGGUCACAUGACAGAAGGUGUUUCGGCAAAUAUCACCAUGACGACCGCACGCGAGGGUUCAUCUUUUUACUGUAUGAGUGUGUUACGUAAUCUUCUAUCCUUGAUUUUGCCUUGAAGAUCAGCAGCAGUGUUCCUCCAUUGUAGCCGUGAGCACCCCCCCACCCCCUUGGGUUUUAGAGCGCCACCUGGUGGCACCGCAUUGUGUAGACUUCUGUUUUAAGACGCUGUGUUGACGUUUUGCCGUCAACCGCCGGCCGAGCGAGCACCGCUAGUCAGGAUACCAAAGUUUUAGUUUUUUUUAAACGUAUUUAUUACGGCUGCGAAAUAGCAAAUGUUUGCCACAAAAAAUAUUUUAUUAUACCGCUAGGUGAAAAGUAUUUCUUGAAGAAUAUAAAGGAAGAGCUUUAGGAAUAGAUUGAAUAAGAGUAGGACUAAUGCAGACGAUGCUAACGUGUUCAGUGCUGUACGCUGCUGAGCACAUACGCAGCAAAGCAAUCGCCAUAAAUCGUCAAGCACGUGAGCGCUUUAGAAGACUUUGAAUCCGAAACGCAAGUGCGUCUAUUUGGCCUCGUCCAUCUUGAGCGUUGCAACAUUGGCAAUUGUUUGGGUAACGGAGUUCACUUGAAAAUGAGUGAAGGGCAAGUGCUAAUAACAAAACUGGAUAUAUUCAUAUAGUGUACAAACGUCUUAAGUUGUUGCCUUGUCACCCGUAAGUCAUUGUACUUUCAUAUGAAUAGUUUGACAGCAAGUACUCCGUCAAAUAGCGCUAGAUGCUAGGCUAGUUAGCGGCUAGCUUGUCGGUAGCAGCUAAGCUAACACACAAGCUCAUGUGGUGAUUAUCGUCAAGAUAUGACUUCUUUUGUUGUUUGUGCCCUUCUGUGUUUUGAGAGUGUUUGAGUCUGUUUGCGUCUCAAAACGCGUUUAACUAAACAAAGCACGCUUACUGUUAAAGGAAAACUGCAUUUUUUUUAGGAAAUGCGCCCCUGAUCCACAAUUGUGUGAGACAUGACCACACGUGUUCUAAAGAGAGGGAAAGCAGCUGGCAUGUGGGAGCUAACAAUAACGUAACGGGACGCACCUAUAUUGACUGGGAGUCCUAAAAAAAAAAAUCCAAAAAACGGCAACAAUUUUAACAAACGCGGCUGAGUGGUGCAGAACAUUAGUGCACGUGUAACGGAUGCCAGCCUGUGAGGCUGCCCUCCCUCUGCCUUAAGAGCUGCGCUGAACACGCGGUCGACAGUCCCGCCUUUUGGCCGUGUGGUCAGCGCUCUCGCCUCCCAUUACGAAGGUCCUGCGUUCAAGCCCCGGUGCGGGCAGUGCGAAGCAGGGCGGGUUACACUAGCCUAACCGCCGUUUCCGCUCGGACGCAUUUCACUGCAGCACACAACUCUGCGUGUGGAGGAGCUGCCAAAAUAAAAGCACGUCUUGCAUGAACUGCAAGCGCUAGGUAAGUUUUCCGUGAUGACUUUGUUCGGUUCCGGUCACGAUGUUGACUUUGACUUCAAUUCUGAAGCGUGAUUCAGCACAUAAACGUUAACAUUGGAUCUCAGGUGGCAGCAUGAGCGGGCAUGCAAACCAUGGAGUCUACAGUUAAAACGGCUGCCGUAUUAUGCCCUGCGCAGCUUCGGCCGCUAUGAUGGUGAGCAGAAUCCACAAACUGUGUCCUCGGCACACGGCUCAGAUAUUAAUUACUGUAAUAGACGCUCCAAAAGCAGUGGCGGAGCUACGAGGUGACCGGUGGUGGCCGUGGCCACCCCUGGUCACUCUCCGGCCACCCCACUGGCCAUCUAGACAAUGCAGGUAUCAACUUAUGUGAGGUAUGGUCUCACCGAAUGAUCGCCACUGGUUAGCGCAACCAAUUCUUUCUUGUGAUGCAGUCUCUUGGAGCAGUGUCCUCUUGACCAUACACACCAAGCCUUUCCAUCCAUGGUAACGCUGUACGCCACUCAGCAGCAGAAACACUCCCAUUGCUGUCGGCGUGGCUUGGCAAGCUCCACAAUUACACCACCAAGUCAUUCCGGCUGCUCCCACGCUUCACUUUGUCUAACCUGUAGCUCAUCCUCCGUUUAACAGAUCAGGUUCUGGAUCCUCCUUUGUCCAGAAGCAGUCGUCCCAAAGUCUGCCAUGAUUAGUAGUUGCAAACAGACAUACGCUUUCCAUGCUGCUGCUGUUGGAAGUAGCGUUAGCACCUAUCUGUGGGCUCUGUGGCAUCAAUGCACCCAGGAAAGAAGUUGCGGUAAUGUUGGAAAUGAUCAACAUACGGCAAAGUACUUGAAGUAUUACGUUAUCAUGAAUGUAGCUGUUGCUGCAUGGACCUGGAAUGAUAAAAGGCUGGUGUUUUAGAUGGCUUUGCAGGUGUGUCCCAUUACAUGCAGCGUGUUAGCUCCCUCAUGCUAACAGGAAAGGGAAGACGUGUGUUCAUGUCUUCUCUAAGGAUAGCGGAUGAUGGGCAAAUUUCCAAAAAAAGAAGUUUUCUUGAGAAAUGUCUUUCAAAAAUGCCUCCAAACACUUUGAUGUUAAAGUGACACGUGCGCUGAUGCAUGAUUGUAGUAGCUGUUGUGUGCCACUCAAGGGUUCCUAAAUAUCGUCCUCCGAAGAUGACCUACAAACAUAGAAUCUUUUUUUAAAUCGGCGCGGCAAAAACACGCUGACAACUUAUGUGUCGUGUCUGUUCAGCUUCGCAUCGCAUUUUUUUGUUUUUGUUUCGUGGGACAGCCUUGUCGUCCACCUUAAGCGCUUUAUUCACUUUUGGUGCGAGUCGUGUAUGUGUCGUGUAGCGUCCACGUGGGGGUCAGCGCUUUCUGAUGAAGCCUAAAUGUCACUUUUUGCGAUGACGAUUGCACGGUGAGUUGUGUUGUUGCGUGCGAAGGCGUACUUGAUGUAUUCAAAGUUGCGAUGGUUUGCUUUCCACCUUGUUUAAUGGACAGGCAGGCUUGGUGGUGUCAUGUCGGGCCGGGUAUCACUUUUAACACUCCCAUGUUCACAUUGUCACGCAGUGUUGAUGAGCUUGUGUGUUGAUCGCUUGUCUUUGUACAUGAUGUCAUCUUGUGGAAUAAAUGAUUUAUAUAUAUACAUAUAUCUAUAUAUAUAUAUAUAUAUAUAU